AUGGCGGAAGACGGCCUCGGCGGGGGUGUUGUGGAUGCCGAUUUGCGGGUGAAGGGGACGAGCAACCUGCGUGUUUGCGACGCCAGCAUCUUCCCCAUCAUACCGCGGGGCAACAUCCUGACUACAGUGUAUGCGGUUGCGGGGAAAGCGUCUAAGUUCAUUCUGGCUUCGUAUAAAUAG